AUGAAGGGACCAUCGGCGGGCAAGCCACGCGGCCGCCCUCGCAAGCAACAGCCGCAGCUACAAGCUCGGCGGCAAACUCAGGAAGCUGACUGCAUUGUGGUAGCAGUUACAUCAGAGACGGAGGCAGCCACAUCAACUCCUGCAGGGACAACUACAAAGCUGGGGUUACUGCGGCUGCAGGAAGUUGAAGAAGAUCUAUACGAGCGUGAAACGGCACCGCCGCGAGCGUAUCAGCGCAUCAUUGAUGCCCUCGAUUCUGUUGAUCCCGAGGUCGAGGAUACACAUGAUGCGUUGCUUGCUGACGGAGAGGCUGAUGCUCGGCUGGCUCGUGAGGAUGCUGCAGCUCUUGAGGAAGACGACGAAGGCGAGGAAGAAGACACUACUAUAGAGGAUUGA